UGGGGCACCCCAGUAACCAGGUACAGGCCAUAUAUAAACCGAGAACCCAACAGCACCUCAGUCGGUGGUGCACCACAACAACCUGGCACCCAGUAACUUUGCAUCCCAGUAACUGGGCACCUCAAUAGCCUCUGAUCCCAAUGACUGGGCACUCCAAUACCCCAAUAACUGGGCAACCCAAUAACUGGGCGCCCCAAUAGCUGGGCACCCCAAUAGCUUCUGAUCCCAAUAACUGGGCACCCGAGCAACUGGGCGCCCCAGUGGUGGCACGAUGAUAACCUCACCCACCAAUCACCCGAGAUUCCAACAACCCGGAUACCCCAAUACAUUUGCACCCCCAAAAAACAGACACCCCGUGGGGCUGCGUGCCUCAGUUUCCCCAUUUGCUGCCCCUCGCCCGGCACACAGAGCCCGGCGGUUCUGUUCCCCCAGCACUGCUGGGGGGAACCGCCUGAUCUCUGCAGCCAUUGCCCGCAGACGGCAGAUCCGAGCGCUGCCACCGCCCGCGAUGCUCCGCUCCGCCCCGUCCCGCCCCCACCGUCACCUUCCGGGCCCACCCCGGCUGUGGCUCCGCCGUCAUCGCAGCGGUAUCGCCCUUCCCCGGCCCCCAGCGCCGGCAGCGAUGCAGCGGGCUGCGGUGGCAUUUGAAGACGUGGCCCUGUAUUUCUCUGCUGAGGAGUGGGCGCUGCUGGCGCGGUGGCAGCGGGAGCUGUACCAGGAAGUGAUGAUGGAUAACUACGACCUGGUGGCGUGUCUGGACUCUCUUGACAUCAAACCCCCCAAUGUCUACGGAACGGACCGUGGGGAGACGUCAAAUGGAGGGGACACAGAGACACUGGAUCCUGCAGGCAGCGCCCCGUGGGAUGAGGACAUACCGGGUGAUGCCAUCCAGGGACACCAUGUGCCGCUGGAGCCGGGAUGCCCCAAGCUGCAUCCCGAAUGGGGGGAGCGGGAGCCGGCAGGGGCUGUGGGGCCGCAGAUCCGCAGGGUCUGUGGGCAGAGCUUUGAGGACGCGGCGGCGCAGAGCGCACACCGGGCAGAGCACGGGGACCCGACGCCCGGCCACGAGUGCGUGGCAUGCGGCAAAGUGUUCCGGCACCGCCGCAACCUCCUGGCGCACAAGAAGCAGCGGGGCCAGCAGCGGCACUCCUGCGGCGAAUGCGGCCACAGCUUCUGCCUGAAGGGCGACCUGCUGCGGCACCGGCACCGGCGCGACCCGCAGGAGAACGGCGAAGGGCAGCCGGCACGGCGGCAGUGCCCAGAGUGCGGGCGGCACUUCGAGGAUGAGCUCAGCCUGAGCCAGCACUGCGCGCAGCACGGCGAGGAGCGGCCCUUUGCCUGCGGGCGCUGCGAGCGCCGCUUCUCCUGGAAGGAGAGCCUGCAGCUGCACCUGCGCAGCCACGCGCCCGAGCGCCGCCACAAAUGCCUGCAGUGCGGCCGGACGUUCAGCCGCAGCAGCAAUCUGCUGCUGCACCAGCGUGUGCACACGGGUGAGCGGCCCUACGCCUGCACGCAGUGCGACAAAGCCUUCAGCAGCAAGGCCAGCCUCACCACGCACCGCCGGCUGCACCGCCGCUGCAGGACCUUCGUCUGCGCGCUGUGCCGCCUCGGCUUCGGCUCCAAGAGCAAACUGCGACUGCAUCUGCGCGGCCACAGCGAUGGCGGCGGCCUCGGGGUGGGGAGUGGGCAGCGACUCUGUAGAACAUUUGGAGUUCUCCUGGAGGACUCUGAUUUGGAUCCUCCGAAGGACAUCGUGGGAUCCCGGGGUGGGGAUGGGAUGGGGGGUGGGGGUGGGGUUGGGACGGGAUGGGGAUGGGUUCAGAUGAGGAUGGGGUUGGAUGGGAUGGGAUGGAAAGAGGGGAAUUGUGGUCAGCAUUGCAAAAGGACCAUUCCUGAAAUAUCCAGAGCCCUGUUGUGCCCACUGCCCAGCUGCUUAUGCCUGGGCUAUUGUUGCAUUCCCAGGGCCCAGGUGGAGAUUUCUUGUUGCCACCCUGCAAUGGAGGCAGGGGAGGACCCCCAGGAUGGGAGGCAUAGGGGAUUCACCACUCCCCAUGGCACAGGAAAGAACUGGGCUGGUGUGAAGCACGAGAUUGUGGUGAAGAUGGAGCCAGAAGAUGAGUCCUACACUGGGUACCUGCAGGACCUGGGGGCACGGGCCAGCAUCCCCAGUGUCCCCAGUGUUCCCAGUACCAGAGUAAAAAUGGAGGUGGUGGUCAAAGCGGAGCCUGAGGAUGACUCAUACAGCAACCACUGCUACCAGGAGGAGAAGAACCGCUCCGACCCCACUGCUGGCGAUGCCAAGCCCGAGGUCAUUGUGAAGGUGGAGCCGGGGGAGGCAGUGUGCAUCUUGUGUCCCCAGGGCCCAGGUGACAAAGGCGCUCUGGAUGGCGAGAAGCAUCCCAAGGAAGAGCUGGAGGAUGUGGAACCAGAGAGGGCCCUGCAGGCUGUGCCUGGGCACCGCAUCAUCCACGUGGGCAUGGGCACAGUGCCUGUCCCACCGGCGAGCACCGCUGGGCACCGACCCACCACGUCCCCCAGCACUGAGCCGGCCCGGCGGCCCUGUGGCACCGAACGUCCCUUCGGCUGCGGUGAGUGUGGGAAGAGCUUCCAGCACAGAGGGAACCUCAUCACCCACCUGCGUGUGCACACCGGGGAGAGGCCGUUUGCAUGCGGCGUCUGCGGGAAGAGCUUCAGCCAGAAGGGCGACCUGAUGCGGCACCAACGCACCCACACGGGCGAAAAGCCCUUCGAGUGCACCGUCUGCGGGAAGAGCUUCUGCUCCAAGCAGACCUUCGUGCUGCACCAACGCAUCCACACUGGGGAGAAGCCCUUCUCCUGCGGCGACUGCGGGAAGAGCUUCAACCGCAAGGCCAACUUGGUCACGCACCAGAAGAUCCACCGCGGCGAGCGGCCCUUCGUCUGCGCCGAGUGUGGGAAGGGCUUCUGCGCCAAGAAAACCUUCAUCCUGCACCAGAAGAUCCACGUGGGAGAGCGGCCCUUCGGCUGCUCCCAGUGUGGGAAGAGCUUCAGCCGCAACGGCGACCUGACGCGGCACCUCCGCAUCCACACCGGCGAGCGGCCCUUCGCCUGCGCCGACUGCGGGAAGAGCUUCAGCCACAACGGGGAGCUGAUCAAACACCGGCGCAUCCACACGGGCGAGAAGCCCUUCGCCUGCACCGAGUGCGGGAAGAGCUUCAACCGCAAGGGCACGCUCAUCACCCACCGCCGCAUCCACACCGGCGAGCGGCCCUUCGUCUGCGCCGAGUGCGGGAAGAGCUUCAACCUGAAGACGACGCUGAUGAAGCACACGCGCAUCCACACGGGGGAGCGGCCCUUCGCCUGCACCGACUGCGGGAAGAGCUUCAAGUACAAAGGCAACCUGCGGACGCACCGCCUGACGCACGCGGUGCAGCGCGUCUACCCCUGCACGGAGUGCGGCCAGGUCUUCAGGCACAGGAAGGAGCUGAGCGGGCACCAGGGCGCGCACGCUGGGCAGAGGGUCCCGUCCUGUUAUCGGGACGGGGAAUCCUUCCGACCCUUCAUCCCCGCACGCCCGCUGCUCCCGGUGUGA